UGGCGGAAAUGCAGCUCAUCUUCUGAGUCACUUUACAGCAUCCGAGACUCAAUGUUGAGCACGAGAUGUUCAGCCCAUGAACUCUGUCCCCCUUUGGACUUGCUGAGUGCUGGUCUUCAUCAAGGUUUUCCAUGUUUCAUGCUUACACAGGGCUAUCCGUAAUUUUGAGAUUCACAUUCCCUCUGGAUACAUUCUUGAUGCAUUUUAGUAAAACCGAUUCCUACACAGUUUGUUCCAUGUUAUCUUGAAUUCGCGGAGUGAGUAAAGAGAAAGUGUUGUUCCUUAUCCACCAAACCCCUAAUUGGCAACUCUCCCGGUGUCGACAGUCAAAGUCCAGGAAAAGCGGAGGGAAAGUCCGUCAGAGGGAGAGUCGGAUCCUGGAAUAAGGCGUCCAGUGAAAAUGGCAGGACGGUCGCAUUCUGGAAAACCGCUUCAAAAAGCACCAGAGAGACAUUGGGAAUCCGAGUACUUACGCCGGACAUGGGUCACGACAGUGAUCCUGCUUGUCAUUGCUAUUUUCUUAUACAGACAGAAGGGACCGUCAAAUCCAGGAACACAAUUCCCAGUCAAACCGGAGGGAGACUCGGAUCCGGGAACACAACUCCCGGUAAAACCGGAGGGAGACUCGGAUCCGGGAACACAAUUCCCGGUAAAAGCGGAGGGAGACUCGGAUCCGGGAACACAACUCCCGGUAAAAUCGGAGGGAGAGUCGGAUCCGGGAACACAAUUCCCGGUAAAAUCGGAGGGAGAGUCGGAUCCGGGGACACAAGUCCCGGUAAAAGCGGAGGGAGAGUCGGAUCCGGGAACACAAUUCCCGGUAAUAGCGGAGGAAGAGUCGGAUCCGGGAACACAAUUCCCAGUCAAACCAGAGGGAGACUCGGAUCCUGGAACACAAGUCCCGGUAAUAGCGGAGGAAGAGUCGGAUCCGGGAACACAACUCCCGGUAAUAGCGGAGGGAAAGUCGGAUCCGGGAACACAACUCCCGGUAAAACCGGAGGAAGAGUCGGAUCCGGGAACACAACUCCCGGUAAAACCGGAGGGAGAGUCGGAUCCGGGAACACAACUCCCGGUAAUAGCGGAGGAAGAGUCGGAUCCGGGAACACAACUCCCGGUAAAACCGGAGGGAGAGUCGGAUCCGGGAACACAACUCCCGGUAAUAGCGGAGGGAGAGUCGGAUCCGGGAACACAACUCCCGGUAAAACCGGAGGGAGAGUCGGAUCCGGGGACACAAGUCCCGGUAAUAGCGGAGGGAGAGUCGGAUCCGGGAACACAACUCCCGGUAAUAGCGGAGGGAGAGUCGGAUCCGGGAACACAACUCCCGUUAAUAGCGGAGGGAGACUCGGAUCGAACACAAUGUCAAAUAAUUUCAGUGGGAUAUUGGGAAAACCAGUACGUAACCCGGAUUUUGAUCGCGAUCGUCAUUAUUCUUGCCAUUUUCUUAUACAGACGGUUAAAGCACCGGAACCUGAGGUUCAGAGUGGUAUGUUAUGGACAAGGGGAUGUACACAAAGAUAUUCUGAUGGACAGUUCCAUGUCUGAAGAUGAUCGUGACAUUCCAUAUGUUCUGUAUGUUUACAAGGUUUCUCGUGAACUCGAGGAUCUCCGCACAGCCCUACGAUGUGUUGAAAAGAAGCAAAUGUUGAAAAGGAAAGACAUAUGUGCUGUGAUUCUAUUGGACAAGGUGAUGAAUGCACAGAAUAAGACGAUCGAUAUUGAUCACCAAGGCAUCUUUGAUGGCAAAACUGUGGUUGUGCGAAUUUGCUGGGAAGAAAAGUGGUUCCUUUUUCCCAGGAAAGUUCAGAAGGGGCCUGGAUACUGGAAAGCGAUGGAAAAAGUAAUUCAGAGCAUCAGGGAAUGGUAAUACAAGUUAAGGGGCCGCUUGGCAGGAACAGGCCAAUUAUAACAUGGACUACAUAACCACUGCGAAUCUGCUGCACUUCAAUGGCUUAAAAUAGUGUUUCUGUUCAUAAAUUCUGUUCUAUCAUAUAAUAGUUGUUAUUAAUUAGGAGAACCUAAACAGUCUGAAGAAAGACUGACUCUGUAAAGGCAAGCUAACUUUCAAUUCCCAUUAAAUGUGUGUAUAGUUGUCAAGAUAAUUACAAGUGAGAUACACACCGAGAAUCAGGAGCAUUACAAAUCCAGGCUGUUCACCAUCAGAAUUAUCUCACUAAAGAUAUGUUACAUUCUGUUUAUAUAAUGCAUACGUUUGUGGUUAUCAAAUAUCAUGGACUUCAAAGAUCCAGGAGAGACACUUUGGGCCAAGUGCCCUCCCGUACUGUAUCAUUCUACAGUUUGUUUUAAUAUUGAUCUGUUUUGACAAAGAAAUAUUCUCAUCAAAAAAGAAUAAAAGGAAAAGGUACUAAUGCCACAUUCUUAAUUGUACAAUAGUGAAUUGCAUUAUUUCUGUCCUUUUCCAACCAAUAUUGCUCAGUCCUGCAACAUACAACUUAUGUUUUAAUUAUUAAGAUCUUAAGAAAAAGAAUCUAUCUUUCAGAUGCGCUGAUGACCAAGUCUCCAUUCUUUUCAGUUGCAAAUAAAAGAUCUCUUGGUAACUAUUUGGAAGAACUGACUGCAUUUCGUUAUGAGAGAAACUCAGCGGGUCUGGCAGCAUCCACAGAGGGAGAAACAUUAAAUACUCAAGGACAGUUUGACUCUUCUUCAGAAGAGUUCUGAAGAACAGUCAUACCAGAAUCAAACUGUUUCUCAGACAGACCUGCUUUGCUAUGUUUGUUGCAGAUUUCCAGCAUUUACAGUAUUUUGUCUCUAUUUGAGAUUUUUCACAAUGCCCUCUAUUAUACCUAAUCCCAAUAAUCUGACUAAAUAAAGGUUAUUGUUUGGUAUAGUUCACUGCUGUUUAUGGGAGCUUGCUGUGUACAAAUUAUCAGGUGUAUAUCCUGCAUUAAAUUUCAGUAUGAAGAGCUGUGAUCUAAGUACUAAUUUUUGAAAAAGAUCCCAUGGACUUAUAAAUGCUUCUGUUCAUUCAUAACAGUUGGGUGUCACUGGCUAAGGCAGCAUUUUUCAUGUAUUGUUAAUUGCCUUCUGAAGUUAGUUGUGUUAUAGUACAUGUGGCAUAGGUGCACAUACAAUGCUACUAGUGAGGGAGUUCUAAGAUUUUGACCCAAUGACAGUAAAAGAAUGAUGACAUAGUUCCAAGCAUAGUUCACCCUAAUUUUACUUGGUCUUGCAUGGACCUCCAAGUUGCAAGCAUAGCAGUGACUUCCAGAAGUGGACAGCAUACUAUUCAACAUGCAUGGGACUUCCCAAUGCCCAAACAGCUUUAAAGGAAUGUUGUUUGUAAGUCAGGAUGAUGAGAAGUUUGGAGGAGAGUUUGUGCACGUUGGUGUUCCCAACUAACUGUUAUCCCUGUCCUUCUAGGUUUUUUUGUCCUAUAAUGAAGGUAGAAGCUGAGUGGGCCUGGGUUGUGUUUUUUAAACAUGGACGCUGGGCUAAGGAAAAGACACUGGGCAUAUCAGCAACAAUUUUCACCGGCGAGAAACCAGAGCUAGGAGGGAGUCCGACAGUCUGAAGAACCUUCAGAAAGAAAUCACAUGGGUAGUUUGUGAAUGGAAAAAGAUAAUUGUAUUUUUGAAUGCAGUGUUAGAGUGUUUGAGACUACCUGAGAAGCAGGAGACCAUUGUUCCUUGCUGUUUUUUGUGCCUCAUCUCAGCAAAGUGUGAGAGCUGAAAACCCAACAGAAGUCAUCUUUACCUUUCCCGAUUGGAAUCUACCUCAUUGCCUGAAAGAAAAGGAAUUCAGCCAACUAUAACCAAAUGACAAGAGAAAAAAAAACUGUGCUUGGUCAUAACAAAUUGUCUGUAAAGGCCUUUACAUUAAAUCUUUAAUCUAUAGCCCCUUGAUAUUGAAUCCUAAGAGUUCUCAAAAUCAAACCCAUCAUAUGGCAUCAUAAGAACAUUAGAACAUCAUAAGAGCAGGAGUAGGCCAUCUGAGCCUGCUCUGCACUUCAAUAAGAUCAUGGCUGUUCUUUUCGUGGCCUCAGUUCCACUCACCCGCCCUCUCAGCGUAUCCCUUAAUUGUUCAAAAAAAUCUUUCUUAGCUUUAAAAACCAUUUAGCUGGGCAGGGAAUUCCACAGGUUCACAACCCUCUGGGUGAAGACGUUCCUUCUCAAUUCAGUCCUAAAACUGUUCCCCCUAAUAUGGAGGCUCUGCCCUCUUGUCCUGCUGUCACCCAUCAGUGGGAACAUCCUCUCUCUGUCUAGCUUCUCCAUUCCUUUUAUAAUUUUAUAUGUUUCUGUAUAUGUUUCACUCUUCUAAAUUCCAAUGAAUAUAAUCCCAGUCCAC